CAACAUGAACAUCGGCGGCAUCGUCUUCCCUCUGGAGCAGCAGUCCAGGGACGAGGAGUCGGUGGUUUAUCACGGCCAGUACGACACCGAGGGCGUCCCGCACACCAAGAGCGGAGACCGGCAGCCCGUCCAAGUCAGCAUGGAGUUUAACAAGGCGGGGGCGUUUGAGACGGUCUGGCAGGCGAAAUACUACAACUACUACAAGAGGGAGCACUGCCAGUUCGGCAACAAGUUCAGCAGCAUCGAGUACGAGUGCAAGCCCAACGAGACGCGGACCCUCAUGUGGAUCAACAAGGAGGCCUUCAACUGAGCCGCCGUCCACACGCCAAGCAGGGGACAUCAAAGGGACUGUAUUUGGACAUCAGCAUCACAACAAAAGGACGGCCUCAUGUUAAAGACGUUCGUCACGUCAGCGAGGGUUUGUGUUUUAUCAAAAAAGAGGGAAAUAGCUGUUAGCUGUGCGGGUUUGUUUUAAAGCUGCACUCUGUGUUUGGAAUAAAAAGCAUUAUUCAGAAAUCCUGCAGCGCGCUCCGCUGGCUGCUUUAAAAUGUUUUAUAUCAAAGAAAACUGAAAUAACAGAACGAGGGAAAGAUCAGAAGCUUCAAAGUUUCCUCUGAAAGGAGCGCUCACGCUGCAUCUGUAUGAACCCCGAGCGAAAAGGCUGGUUUUCUUCCAAAAACACAAGAAGAAGCCAAUAUGCACAAAAGAUAAAAACGACCCAAA